AUGGGUUCAAUUGAACUGGACACAAAACGAGAGGAAAACAAUAAUGUGAUUCUGAAGGAUCAUCAUCAUGAGGAAGUGGUCUCGGUAAAGCAGAGGAGGAAAGAGUUUAAAGAAAAAGUGUUCGUCGUGCGGGAAUCUUUGCUAACGUGAGUUACUGUUAGGUUACAUCACGAUAAAGCAAGAGCGAAUUCAAUUUUUUUCAGAACCGAGUUUCGAAAUGGCAACAUGAAGAUUAUCUACAACUGCUUCACGGCCGUAUUCGUCCUUUUCUUCCUGAGAGCUCUAGUCGAUGACAUUCUGGUUCAUCAUAUGCCUUUUCACCACACUUGGCUCAUCUGGUGGAACUUUGACAAGUUCUUCUCGACAAUGUCCGUCUGGACUGGAAUGUUUGUAAGCACUCUCGGGGUCUACUACGCAUACCAAUACUGGUCAACUGUACCGUCGAAGGAUACGGAUUUGGCGUCGAAUGUUAGUAGAGUGUUGCGAGAGUUAUAGAUAAUACAAAUGUUGCCACAGAUGCCGUUCGUCGCUACCUACCUCACGUAUCUAGUUGCGUUCUUCUACUUCCCACUCAAAUUUUUGUAUGAAUCAGAGCUCAACUGCGCGUGCUCGUUCAUCAUCACUUGUGAAACUGUAAGUUGUUCUUAAAAUUUGCAGCCAGCACGUACCUUUUUUGAAGACAAGAAUAGCGAUGAAGGUGCAUUCUUUCAUUAGGGAGAACUGGCAUCGUGCUAUGACCAGAAAAAGUGGCGGAGAGGUAUGCAGCUCUUAUCAGACAAAAGUUUGGAAAAAAAUGUUUUCAGAUAGACACUUGGCCGACUUUGGACCAAUUUCUCUACUACCAAUUUUGUCCAUCUUUCAUUUAUAGAGAUGAAUACCCAAGGUACCUUAAAAGAUUAGAGAACCUUCCGAGUUGGAACAUUUACCGUUCAAAUCUCAACUCUCAAUAUGAAAAACAGAAUGGGGACCUACUGAAGAGUGUGCCAGGAAGAUUUUGCGAGAGCCAACUGCUCUAUUCAGUCGAAACUGUGGCCGUGGCCUAAAAAAUCCUCGGUUCUCAAACACCAUUGAUUAAUGGUUACACAAAUCUGCAGCCAUACAGACUUUAAAUUUUUAGCAGGAACAGUUAUGAAAUUUAAAUUUGGACUGCGUGCAAGCGUUGGGAUUCUGACUUGUCAGACUGAUGUAAAAACUCGGAAGGGUCGCGGGUCCUUUAACCCGAAAAAUGCAAAUUUCCUGCCUGUAACUCCACUUUUAGAACUGAAAAACGAGACAUGCGAGCCGCUGGUCUCUACUUCUUGGAGUGUCUCGCUAUUAUCGAGUUCGUCAACUUGACCUACACUCAAUGGGUUUUCCCGUGGCUCCACGUCCUGGAAUAUCAUUCGCUCACAUUCUCCAACAUUACCCUGUCCCUUUUCACGGGAAUUAUUCCCGGAAUCAUUUGCCUUAUUUCUCUGUUCUACGGUCUUCUUCAUUGCUGGUUGAACUGUUUCUCCGAGAUGAUGCAGUUCGCCGACAGACAGUUUUAUUUGGUAACACAUCUGGUUAGAACAUCUUUAAGACGAUUCUUUUCAGAACUGGUGGAACUCCUCUAAUAUGGCUGAAUACUACCGUAACUGGAACCUAGUCGUCCAUGACUGGCUCUACGCCUACGUCUUCCGUGAUUUGGCAGCCUACAUUCCGGGCCGAAAAGGACAAAGAGCCGCUCAAAUGGCAGUAUUCUUCCUUUCUGCUCUAUUCCAUGAGUACUGGUUUGGUGUGGCGUUCCGAUGCUUCUAUCCAGUUAUGUUUGUGUUGUACUUUAUCUUUGGUGGCAUUUUUUUCGCCGUCUCACGUCUUAUUACAAGCAGGUCUGCGUGGAACACGGCUCUCUGGUUCAAUCUGUUAAUUGGUAUGUUUUUCUUUUGAAUUUGCAGGUUUUGAAUGGUUUUAUUUCUAGGAACCGGAAUGUUCAUCGCUUUCUACGGUCAGGAAUGGUACGCCCGACGUGGUCAUUGUGCUCCGUACUCCAAUGUCGUCGUCGAUUUCUUGUUCCCAAGGCACUGGAACUGUCAGUCAGAAACUACUAAAAAUCUCUAA